UGUGUGUGUGUGUGUGUGUGUGUGAUUUUAAACUCUCCCGAGUUUCGCGCCUUCAAUGAAAGAAUAACCGUUUAACAUGCCUUUUCAUCCGUUAUUCUUGUUUUACUUCUCUCUCUUGUAGCGUUAGUGUACCCCUCUCUCUCUACCCCCAAUUUCAAAUUUAAUACCAACCCAAUUUGCCAAUUUCAAUUUUUUUUAUUUGAUUUGGGGGUCAGCGUGUGUGAGAGAGAGGAUUAGAGAAAACGGAGGAUAAUAAUUAAUUGAUGGCAUACAAGGUGGAUCAUGAAUACGAUUACUUGUUCAAGAUUGUGUUGAUUGGAGAUUCAGGUGUUGGAAAAUCAAACAUUCUUUCCAGAUUUACGCGCAAUGAAUUUUGCCUGGAUUCCAAGUCUACUAUUGGUGUUGAAUUUGCAACAAGGACUCUCCAGGUGGAAGGGAAGACAGUUAAGGCACAAAUAUGGGACACAGCUGGCCAAGAAAGGUACAGGGCCAUCACCAGUGCAUACUACAGAGGAGCAGUUGGUGCACUUUUGGUUUAUGAUAUAACCAAGAGGCAAACAUUUGAUAAUGUCCGGAGGUGGCUCCGUGAACUAAGGGACCAUGCAGACUCUAACAUUGUCAUCAUGUUAGCUGGAAACAAAUCUGACCUGAACCAUCUUAGAUCUGUCUCAGCAGAAGAUGCUCAAACGCUAGCCGAGAAGGAAGGUCUUUCAUUUCUUGAGACUUCAGCUUUGGAAGCUUCCAAUGUUGAGAAGGCAUUCCAGACCAUUCUGUUGGAUAUCUACCAAAUUAUUAGCAAGAAGGCACUGACAGCACAAGAGGCAGCUAACUCAACCGGACUUCCCCAAGGGACUACAAUUACUAUUGCAAAUCUGUCCAGUAAUAUCAACAAAAGAGCUUGCUGUUCUAACUAACAAGGUGUUUAUCUUACAGAUUGGUAAAACGAGGCUAUCACAAUAUUGUUCAUUCGUGUGACGGGCACGAACAAUAUUCAUUUUUCCUUAUGCCAUGUAUUUGCUAGAGCCAUCUCGAGAGAAGGUUUCUAGUUUCAUUGGAGAGGCAUAGUUCACUAUGAACAGAGGAUUUAGCAUUCUCAUCUUGUGUUCUAUAGCCUCAGGCAUCCACAAAAAAGCUUCGUAACUUUAGGUCAUUACUUCUACUUCUCUUUUGAUCAUGUAUACUUGUUUCCCUCAAAUCUCUGAUAAAAAUUUCAGUAACGCUUUCUGAUCCGGAGAAAAUUUUAAUUGAUUCUCGAUUUUUAGAAACUA